AUGGAGACAGACGAUUCCGACAAUUAUCAAGAUGGAAACCAAAAGGCUGAGGACUCGAUCGAGAAGGCCUUCGAAGACACAGAGGUGCCGCCAUGGACCAAGCAAAUAACUAUAAGGUCUAUGGUCACAGGCUUUCUUCUUAGCAUCGUCUUCAACUUUAUCGUGUGCAAGCUCAAUCUCACCACUGGUAUAAUACCAUCUUUAAACGUCGCGGCGGGGCUGCUGGGAUUCGCACUGCUCAAAGUAUACACUGCCUUGCUUCAAAAGUUUGGUCUGUUGAAGCAGCCUUUCACCCGUCAAGAAAACACAGUGGUUCAAACAUGUGUUGUGGCCUCGUCUGGGAUAGCCUUCAGCAGUGGCAUGGGAAGUUACUUACUAGGAAUGAGCCCUCUGGUAGCUGCUCAGGCAGAUGCAGGCAACACUCUAAUCAACAUCAAGAAGCUUGCGAUUCCGUGGAUGACAGGGUAUCUCUUCUUAGUCAGCUUCGUUGGGCUGUUUUCUAUCAUAGCCUUGAGAAAGAUGAUGAUUAUCGACAGAAAACUAACCUACCCAAGUGGAACCGCAACAGCGCACCUCAUCAACAGCUUCCACACCCGAAAAGGAGCUAAGGUGGCAGCCAGACAGGUUUCCUUUCUCUUCAUGUUCGGCGGCGGCAGCUUUCUCUGGUCUUUUUUUCAGUGGUUUUUCAAUGCUGAGGAUGACUGUGGCUUUGCUAACUUUCCAACUUUUGGUCUCAAAGCGUACAAGCAAAGGUUUUACUUCGACUUCUCAAUGACAUAUAUUGGUUGUGGAAUGAUCACCAAUUACAUGGUGAACAUAUCCAUGCUCGUUGGAGCUGUGAUAUCAUGGGGCAUCAUGUGGCCUUUGAUCGAAAAACAGAAAGGUAACUGGUAUGGUGCUCAUCUUUCGGCAAGUAGUCUUCAUGGAAUCCAAGGUUACAGGGUGUUUAUCUCAAUAGGCAUGAUACUUGGUGAUGGUGUAUACCAUGUCCUGUACCAUGCAGGUUAUAUGGCUUUCGUUCUCAUUAGAAGUCUCCGAAGCAAUAAACCAGAGGAAAAGAAAUUAUCAUCUGAAAUGGAACUAAUGGAAUCUGGCGGAGUGCCCUCAUCAACAGAAACUGAGCUCAUGAGUGCGAACUACGACGAGAAACGAAGAACUGAUUUCUUCCACAAAGAUGAAUUUCCAACAUGGUUUUCUCCCACUGGCUAUAUAUGUUGUGCAGCCGCAUCAACUAUUUGCCUUCCGUUUUUAUUCCACCAAUUAAAAUGGUAUCAUGUUGCGAUAGGUUACAUCAUUGCUCCGGUUCUGGCCUUCUGCAAUGCCUAUGGCUGCGGCCUCACAGAUUGGUCCCUUGCCUCCAACUAUGGCAAAGUCGCUAUCCUAAUCGUCAGUGCUCUUGUUGGCGAGAAAGAAGGUGGUGUGAUUGCUGGGCUGGCUUCUGGUGGUGUCACGAUGAGUAUUGUUUCGACAGCCUCGGACCUCAUGCAAGACUUCAAGACUGGAUUCCUUACUCUUUCUUCUCCUCGAUCAAUGUUCCUUAGCCAAGUUCUCGGGACAGCCAUGGGAUGUGUCAUGUCACCUUUGAUAUUCUGGUUCUUCUACAAAGCUUACCCGGUUGGCGAUCCCAAAGGACCAUAUCCUGCACCCUUUGGCCAAGUGUACCGUGGCAUUGCACUCCUCGGAGUUGAGGGCAUUGGCUCACUACCUAAACACUGUUUUGCACUUGCACUUUCCUUUUUCGCACUUGCCAUUGCCAUUAACGUAGCAACUGAGCUUUUGAAGCGUUACGAGACCAAGUACAAGAUCUACAGAUUUGUUCCAAACGCAAUGGCCAUGGCGAUCCCAUUCUAUCUCGGCUCCUACUUCGUGAUUGACAUGUGUGUGGGAAGCUUAAUCCUCUUCGUCUGGAAGAUAAUGAACAAACAACAGGCUGAGGAGUUAGGACCGGCAGUUGCAUCCGGUUUGAUUUGCGGCGAGUCUAUGUGGGGUAUUCCAGCUGCCAUACUAUCUCUUGUCAAUGUCCGAGCACCCAUAUGCAUGAAGUUCCUCUCUGACGAGGACAAUGCCAAAGUCGAUUCGUUUUUAUCUUCUUAA